CGCUGAAUUUCAAUGUACAUUUCAUCUUUAGUUGGAUUACUGUAUAUUCAGCACAUUCACGAUCAAAUUCACCAUCCAUGAUUAUUUUAAUUUAGUGGUCACUCUUCUUCGACUAAACCCAAGCGAAUUACUAUCGAGCAACAAAUUAGAACUUCUAUACUAUUCGUUUUUUUUCGUACGUCAUCAAUUCGACAUUCAGUAACAGGUUUCUGCUUACCUUUGGGUUUAUGUAGGUCGUGACCUGGAGAAGUCAGAAGUACAGGCGAUCACUCUUGACUUGUCCGUAAAACUUGUUUCAUAUGUCUCCGAAAAAUGUCAUCUGUCAACGGCCAACGCCCGUCGACCUCCCUCGACUUACGGUCGGGGUCACCAAGAAAUUAUAGGGAUUUGCGAGUUGGACCCUACGCAUGUUCACUGAUCGAGGAAGGGAUGCCCAAUGAUUAGACGAGUUAACAGCAAAUGGAUUUAUUACAAAGAAACGUGUAAUACAGACGUCUUAGACAGGUAUCUGUGCAGCACACGAGACAUGUCUUCUGACAAGAUAGCCUAAUGGGAAGACAAAAGCUGCCCAGUAACACAAGGUUUUUAUAUGUACGGGUCAAUGGGAGAAGUGGUUGCCGCCCCCAAGUCUGGUCCUGAGCCAGGAUAAUAAUUUUCCACUCCACAUUUGGUGUUUUUCGUCUCCACAGCAACACCUGGGCGAGGAGGAUGUCACCAGAUGGUUUCUCGCACAAAGAUCAAGGACAACCGCCACGUUGCACAAGACAUUCUUGUAUGAUUAGCAAAUGGACAACACCUUAUCUGUUGAUUAAAUGUAUAAGGUCAUAUUUAAGCAAAUAAUGAAAGUACAAAAAAAUUAAAUAGUCUUUAGUGGGUUUGGCAAAUACAAAGCACUUGUCUCAUCUAUUUUAACUUCUAUUGCGGUUUUCGUAGCUAUUUGGACUUUGUGUGGUUGUUGCUGUAUUCUCUGUCUGCGCUCUUGCUAAACUGAAUUAUUACCACAGCAAUCUCACCCAUGGAGAACAAAAUGGUGCAGAUGUAUCCUUUGCUGGGGACAAAUCAUGAGCGAGUAUUCCAGCUGACUUGCCUGAUCUGUUUCCAGAUCCCGGACAAUGGUAUUGCAUUAUUAUUAUUUGCAUUAUUAUUACUGUUAUUAUUAUUAUCACCACGGGCAACUUCAGAGUGGAACAGAGUCCAACCCCUCUCAAAAGGGUUGGUACCAGAGCCCAAACGGUGUGUAGAGGCGAGUCCGACUAUAUCUAGUCAGAACCUCUUGACCUCAUACACCAGCUUGGGCUCCUUCCCUUCCAGAGAGGUCAGAAUCAGAAUCAUCUUUAUUGGCCAAGCGUGUAAAAACACACAAGGAAUUUUUCUCCGGCAGUCUGUGCUGCCCUGGUACAAAUUCAGAACAAGGAAGAAGAGACAUUUCUGUUUAUAGGAACUAUUUCUUAUAAGAGUCACAGAUGUGCAAGAUGUAAAGUCUUCUUCAUUUAGAACAGUUACAGUGAAGAAAACAAGUAUUUGAACACCCUGCUGUAUUGCACGUUCUCCUACUUAGAAAUCAUGGAGGGGUCUGAAAUUUUCAUCGUAAGUGCAUGUCCACUGUGAGAGAGAUAAUCAAAAAAGAAAAACCCAGAAAUCACAAUGUAUGAUUUUUUUAACGACUUCUUUGUGUGAUACAGCUGCAAAUAAGUAUUUGAACACCUAUCUAUCAGCUAGUAUUCUGACCCUCAAAGACCUGUUAGUCCGCCUUUAAAAGUCCACCUCUAAUCCAUGUAUUAUCUUGAAUCCGAUGCACCUGUGUGAGGUCGUUAGCUGCAUAAAUAGCACUAUCCAUCCCAUACAAUCAGUAAGACUCAAACUUGUAACAUGGCCAACAAAACCAAAGAGCUGUCCAAAAAUACCAGAGACAAAAUUGUACAACUCCACACAGCUGGAAAGGGCUACGGAGAAAUUGCCAAGCACCUUGGUGAAAAAAGGUCCACUGUUGGAGCGAUCAUUAGAAAAUGGACGAAGCUAAAGAUGAUGGUCAAUCUCAAUCGGAGUAGAGCCCCAUGUAAGAUAUCACCUCGUGGGAUCUCGAUGAUCCUUAGAAAGGAAUCAGCCCAGGACUACACGACAUUACUUGGUCAAUGACCAGAUGUAGUCUGCCUUCGCCCAAAGUUAGCUGGGAUGGGCUCCAGCUCCCUCCCCCGGAUAAAUGCAAAGGCGUUGCGUCAGGAAGGGCAUCCAGUGUAAAAACUGUGCCAAACAAUGAUGAGCGUUCAUCUGAGAUGACACACUGCGACGACCCCUAACGGGAAAAGCCCGAAAGAAAUACAUACAGUAAUACCUUAUUGAUGUUGCAGAGCAGGAUUGGGACAGCUGUCAGAGGCAGUACCGCCCAGGGCAGUGGUUUAGCCAUGCCCCUGGCAGGCAGCACUGCUCAGGGCAGUGGCUUGUCCAUGCCCCGAACAUAAGUAACAUAUUGUUUUGAUUGCUACUGUUAGGAGUUCUAUAAAUAGUCCCUAUGAUAAUGUUUUUUCUGUUUUUCAAAUGAAUGUUACACCAGAGUGAUUCAACAAACUGAGUGUUUCAAUUUUGCUUACAAUCAGGUCAUAGGCAUAGUAAAUUAGCAUCCCCCUGUUGUCUGCUGAACUUAUCAACUCAUAACCCAAAACUGAAAGUGACUUGUCGUUUACUCCAUAUUUAAACAUCUUAGGAUUUACGUCUGUUAUACAUACCAUAUCAGGAUGUUCUAUGCUGAUUUUGCUACACAAUUAAUUAAUUUUUUCUGCUGUUAGUGUGUCAGCAUUUGCAUACCAUAUUCUUUAUUUUUUGCUUGUAUCUUGGUUUCCAUUGUAUGUGACUAUUUGUAUAUUUGAAGGUGACUUGAAUUUGUUGCUUUGGUUUAGCUGGCCUGCAAUGUCAACUGACUUGGUAUUUGCCGUUUCACUUCCCUUUUUAGUCGUAGGGCCCAUGGAGGAAAGCUCACUUCCACAAAAUACAAUGACAGGUUCUCUAAUUUACAACCAUAUCAAUUAAUAUCACUUUGCAAUGUGUGUUGUCUGAAUAACUGUAUUUUAGGGAAUAUUUGAUGUCUGUUCAGGCAGGAAGAUUUUAUCCCUUCUUGUUUUUGGCAGUUAGUAAUGUGGUUCUGUUAUAAUAUUGUUCACAAACUUACACAUGAUAGUAAAUUUAUGACAUCCUUGGCAGAUGUAAUAUGUGAGAGGAUUUAAUGUUGGUGCCUGUGUUUAUUCAUGCAUGUAAUGAUGGAUGGAUUAAUGUUGAUGGUUAGUUGUAUUUUUUGUUGAUGAUUAUCUACUGUGAACCCAUAAAUACUUCAUAUACUUGUAUUAGUGCUGAUUUCAUGGGGGACACUGUAUCCAGGAAAGGAACUUUAAGGGAGAGAUGGUGGUGGACUUUACAAAAAGAAUGUAAAUGGCUGGAAUGAAUACUAUUUUUCCAGAAGAGGCAGGAACAUAGAGUGACUGACAAGAGCAGAGGUAGAAGCACACAGGUGGAUAAUAUUUUGUGCAGACGAUGUAAUCUGAAGGAGGUUACGGACUGUAAAGUAAGGGAGAGUGUAGCUCGACAGCAUAGGAUGGUGGUGUGUCGGAUGACUCUGGUGGUGGGUAGGAAGAUUAAGAAGACAAAGGUAGAGCAGAGAACCACAUGGUGGAAACUGAGAAAGGAUGACUGUUGUGUGGCCUUGCGGAAAGAGGUGAGACAGGCUUUCAAUGGACAGGAGGAGCCCCCAGAAGUCUGGACUACUAUAGCCAAAUUCAUCAGAGAGACAGGCAGGGGAGUACUUGGGGUGUCUUCUGGUAGGAAAGGGGAGAACGCGACUUGGUGGUGGAACCCCAAAAUACAGGAAGUCAUACAAGGAAAGAGGUUAGCGAAGAAGUAGUGGGACACUGAGAGGACUGAAGAAAGGCGAAAGGAAUACAUUGAGAUGUGACGUAGGGCAAAGAUAGAGGUGGCGAAGGCUAAAGAAGAGGCAUAUGACGGAAUUUUUAAGAACAAAGGGGAUUUGCAGCGCUGUGGUAACUAUAGAGGAAUAAAGGUGAUACACCACACAAUGAAGUUAUGGGAAAGAGUAGCGGAGGCUUGACUCAGGACAGAAGUAUCUGUGAGCAACAGUAUGGGUUUAUGCCUAGAAAGAGUACCACAGAUGCAUUAUUUGCAUUGACGAUGCUAGUGGAUAGUGGAAAAGUACAGAGAAGGUCAGAAGGCGCUACAUUGUGUCUUUGUGGAUGUAGAAAAGCCUAUGACUGAUUACCCAGAGAGGAACUGUGGUACUGCUUGUGUAAGUCUGGUGUGGCGGAGAAAUACAGUAUGUUAGAAUAGUACAGGACAUGUAUGAGGGCAGUAGAACAGUGGUGAGGUAUGCUGUUGGUGUGACAGAAGAAUUUAGGUGGAAGUGGUACUGCAUCAGGGAUCAGUUCUGAGCCCAUUCCUGUUUGCUGUGGUAAUGGAUAGGCUGAUGAGGUUAGACUGGAAUCCCCUUGGACCAUGAUUUUAGGAGAUGACAUUGUGAUCUGCAGUAAAAGCAGGGAGGACAUGAAUGAACAAUUAGAAAGAUGGAGGGAUUCACUGGAAAGGAGAGGAAUGAUGAUUAUCUGCAGUAAAACAGAAUAUAUGUGUGUGAAUAAGAGGGGUGGAGGUGGAAGAGUGAUGAUCCAGGGAGAAGAGAUAACAAGGGUGGAUGACUUAUAUUUGGGGUCAACAAUCCAGAGCGCUGGUGAGUGUGGUAAGGAAGUGAAGAAAUGGGUCCAAGCAUGUUGGAACAGCUGGCGGAAGGUGUCUGGUAUGUGACAGAAGUUUCUGCUAGGAUGAAGGGCAAAGUUUAUUAAACUGUGGUUAGGCCAGGGAUAAUGUAAGGAAUAGAGACGGUGGCGGUGAAGAGACAACAGGAAGCAGAACUAGAAGUGACGGAAAUGAAGAUGUUGAGCUUCUCCCUAGGAGUGAGCAGGUUGGAUAGGAUUAGAAAUGAGCUCACUAGAGGGACAGCCAAAGUUGGAUGUUUUGGAGACAAUGUUCGAGAGAGCAGACUUCGAUGGUUUGGACAUGUCCAGAAGCGAGAGCGUAAGUAUCUUGGUAGAAGGGUCCUCAGGAUGGAGCUGCCAAGCAAAAGAGCGAGAGGAAGACCAAAGAGAAGGUUGGAUGUUGUGAGGGAGGACAUGAGGGUAGUUGGUGUUAGAGAGGACGAUGCAGGAGAUAGGCUUAGAUGGAAAAAGAUGACACGCUGUGGCGACCCCUAAUGGGACAAGCUGAAAGGAAAAGAAGAGGGCUUGUUUUAAAUUAUGCAAACAGUGUGUAUUUAGUCUAAGUUGGUAUAUUUUCACAAAUAAGGCUCUGAAUGAACGAAAUGCAUUUAAAAAAUUGUCACAUUAAUUUGAGAGCAAUAGCUGGUCAGAACUUGCUUCACCAUAAAUAUAAUUUCAUGUGUUAAACUGAUGCCAUAACCAGACAGUACCCAGACUCGUCCAUCCCCAUAUUAGUCACAAUAUUUGUGUCAUGAGCAAAACCACUAAACUUUAUACUGAAAGCUUGUGGUUUCAUUUGGGAACUAAAUGCUUAAUAUAGAAAUGUAAAUGGGGUGGAUGGUUCUGUGUACUGGACUGAUAUGGGUCUUUGAGCUGUAGAAGUUUGUAGACUCCCAGUUUCUUUUAAUUAUAUCUCGGCGGAAGGGUUGAUCAGCUGGAAAGCGUUGGCCUCACAGUUCUGAGGUCCCGGGUUCGAUCCCGCACCUGCCUGUGUGGAGUUUGCAUGUUCUUCCCGUGUCUGCGUGGGGUUUCUCCCGACACUCUGGUUUCCUCCCACAUCUCAAAAACAUGCAACAUUAAUUAGACACUCUAAAUUGCCCCUAGGUGUGAUUGUGAGUGCAGCUGUUGGUUUCAAUGUGCCCUGCGAUUGCCUGGCAAUCAGUUAAGGGGGUACCCUGCCUCCUGCCCAUUGAGAGCUGGGAUAGUCUCCACCACUCCCACAACCCUCAUGAGAAUAAGUGGCUAAGAAAAUGGAUGGAUCGCCAGCUGUCUGAGCCCUUCGGUACUUUGGUCUCCAAUUCAGGCAACAGUAUUGGCAGUGACUGGAUUUUCCACAACACGAGUCUACACUCCUUAUAGACAGCUUGUGAGAUGGUGUUGGGGAUUUGUAGGUCGAACUAACCAGUAACUAAGUGGUAAUUUAGAGUGUCCAAUUAAUGUUGGGCGUUUUUGGGAUGUAGGAUGAAACCGGAGUGCCUGGAGAAAACCCACACAGGAACAGGGAGAACAUGCAAACCCCACACAGGGAGUGCUAGCUGUCAUUGAAUUGUUAAAUAGUAAAAGGCAGGUGUGGGCGUACCCAGGAGGCUGCAGUCCAGACCUGUUUUCCAUUGUAAAUGUGAUGCAUUCUGAAGGCUAAAAUGACAAAGUCCCAAGGCUGUUGAACAUCUGAAGCUCUACAUCAAACAAGAAUGGGAUAGAAUUUCACCUACAAAGAUUCACCAAUUAGUGUCCUCAGUUGCCAGACAUUUAUUGAAUGCUGUUGAGAGAAGAUGUGACAUAACAGAGUGGUCAACAUGACCCUGUCUCAGUUUUUUGGAACAUAUUGCAGCCAUAAAAUUCCUAGUUAAUGAUUAUUUUUUCAAAAAAACAAUAAAAUGUUUCACUUUGAAGAUGAAAUAUGUCUUUGAGGUGUCUUCAAUUAAAUAUAAGUAAAACAUGAUUUGCAGAUCAUAGUAUUCUGAUUUUAUUGAACACAAAGUCCCACCUUGGUUGGAAUUGGGUUUUUACAAAUACACACACACAUACUGUUAAAGCCAGUAGUUUACAUACACUAUGGAAAAACAUUUCAUUUUUCUUCUCACAAUUUGAAGUUAAAUCUGACUAAACCUUGCCUGUUUCAGCUCACUCAGGAUCACCUAAAUUAUUACAUUUUGUUAAAUGCCACAAUCAUGAAAAAGAUAAUUCCUCCCCUUUGAGGUUGUGGUGGUCUACAUAAUUCACCCACGGGACCUCGAGUUAGGUUACGAGGUUCCGCAUGGACGUUCUUGUUGGUUACACUUCCAGAGUUAGGAAGUAGUGAGUUCCCGCCGUUAUGCGGUUAGUCUGUUGAUGUCUUACAAUAAAACAAGGUUUGUUCCUGUGUUUGACACUCCGACUCCGUUUCCUCGGCGCUACACUGGUGACCCUGAUGUGAUGAAACUCACUGCUUUGGCCGCCGUUGAGCUCCCGAGAGCUGACACAGCGUGCUAAGGUGCACCGCCACGCAAAAGCCCCUGUGGAGUGCUUUGCUGUCACCGAGAGGAGGUUUGACCACGUGAACGUCGACUUGUUGGCUCAUGGUCUGCCUCAGGUGCGCCCCCAAGGAAGGACUGAUGCUCUCGUCCUUUGGGGUUGGCCCUCCCCCCACGCCAGGGGCGCCCCCCUUUACCCCGACUCCCUGCACCUGCCGGGGAGCUCUUGACCCCGUCAGGGCCCUGGCCCCUUGACUCAAUGGACUGUGCCAUACUAACGUAUAAUUGUUUGAAUAGAUAAACAUGGCACAUUCAAGCAUCUGGAAAUUGCAUCCAAGAAUGAGCUGGACUUGUGGUGCUCCACAAGUUUUUCGCUAAUUGCUCGGCCAAUUUCUUUUGAUUUUCCCAUAAUUUCAAACAAAGAAGCUGAGUGUUUGAGGUGUGGGCUUAAACCACAUACUAAACAUACAUCCCCAGGUGUGCUGUCAAUUAACUCAGAUGGUGUUAGUGAACCUAUCAGGAGCUUCCAUGUUCUUUAAAGACAGAGUAUUUUUUGUGUAUGUAAACCUUUGACUAAGAAAAAAAUAAUAUUAAAUUAUCCAGAAAAUUAUUUUUCUCAUCAUUGUGACAUUAAACAAAAUUAAAUAAUUUUGUUGAUCCUGACUGACCUGAAACAGGAGAGUUUUAGUCUGAUUUGACCUCAGACAGUGAAACAAAAAACGAAAUGGCUUUGGCUAAGUAACCUUAGCCUAAUUAGCAGCUCCCAGUCAAACCUUGCUGGAUCCGAUCAUGUUUGUGACACACGCCCACAUACAUCUCCCCACAAAAACAAAGGCAAUUACAACGUGGCCUGAGAAUUCACUCUCCCAGAUGCAGGACUGUUUUUCACACACUAGGAAUUUUUUGAACAACAGAACCUCGAGGAACACACAGAUACGGUUCUGUCUUACAUCACAAACUGCAUAGACACUGUGACUGUAAAUAGACAGAUCCGGAAUUUCCCCAACCGAAAACCCUGGAUGACUCGAGAAACUCAGGCACUCCUGAGACGCUGCAACACCAUCUACAGGUCAGGGGACCAGGCAGAGUACAGCGCUGCCUGAGGUGACUUAAAGAGAGGCAUCAGAGUGGCCAAAUUGGCCUACAAAAGAAAUAUCGAGGAGUACUUCACAGAAAAAUUACUAAAAAAAGAUGUGGGAGAGAUUAAAACACAUCACAAACUACAACAAAAAUAACCAUAUGUGUGCAUUGAAACACAGACACCUCGCUGGCAGAGGAACUAAACCAUUUCUUUGCCUGUUUUGAGACGGACAGAUCAAAUUCAGGCUCAUCACAACCACCUCCCACCAGCAUCAGACUGAUGCUUCAGGAACAUAAAAUGAGAUGUGUGCUCAGUACUGUAAACAGCAGGAAAGCUGCUGACCCAGAUGGAGUCCCGGGGAAGGUACUGAAAGCCUGUGCUGAUCAUCUGACCAGUGUUUUCACAAAAAUUUUUAAGAGCUCCCUGCAACAAUCAACCAUUCCCUCCUUCCUGAAAUCUGAAACAAUCAUCCCAGUCCCUCCAAACCCCCAAUCAGCCAUUGACAGUCUAAAUGAUUACAGGCCUGUUGCAAUCACACCUGUGAACAUGAAGCGCUUUAAGAGGCUAGUUGCACAUCACACAAGGAGUUCCCUCCCUCCCUCACUUGACCCCUACCAUUUGCCGACAGAGGAAACCGGUCCACCGAGAAUGCUUUUGGAAUAGCUCUCCACGCUGCACUGAGCCACCUGGAACACCAAGGGAACUACGUGAGGAUGCUUUUCAUAGACUUUAGCUCAACCUUUAAUACCAUCCCUGGUAUUUUGGUUGACAAACCCUCCCUCAUUGGACUAUCUCCUUCCAUCAGCUGCAGGAUUAAAGACUUUCUUACAUACCGUCCACAGUCUGCCAGACAUGGCCCACACCUCUCUUCCUCAAUCAUCCUCAGCAACGGGCCCCCUCAAGGUUGUAUAGUAUAUUUAAUUACAAUAUAAUUUCUCAAUUUAUUUAUACUCAGUCGGUGUGAAACCUGAGCCUGUUUAGAUGAACACAAAGCCGAUAUCUUGGCAGGAAUAGAAGAAAGACACACACAAAGCUCUUCUUCAACAGCUCUCAGCCUCUCUUUAGACUUUAGCUAUGUCUUUAACCGCAUCAGGGCCGAGCAUCUCGUUGACAAUGGCUUUACAGCCAGGUAGUAUUAAUGUCUGCCACAGUGUGCGGCUUUUUUGAUUUAGCAACAAGUUUGGCGACUAGGUAACUAGCUUUGAGCGCUUCCUCAUUUACCUUUGUGGUUUUUCUCAUAAUUGUUGCCUGUUUCUCUGUGUUUACACGCAGGCGAACAAAAUAGUCUAUCGGCUUGUUUUGAAGUGAUGGGUGUGUCGUUUGGAGAUGGCGUUUAAGCUUGGCACCAUGGCGCUGUUGGAUAGCUUCUCGCCACACACCAGGCAUAACAGAAUAGGUGUCGUCUCAUCCCCGGUGAAAGUAAAUCCAAACGAAAGAUAGCUUUCACUAUAUUGCCUUGAGCUCACCGUCUUUGCUUUCUUUUUCCCACCACUCAUACUAGGGCCUUCAUCUGGGUCAGAAUCUUGUCCAGGGCCCAGUUCGGAGUUUGCAGUUGUCCUUUUUAAAAACUUCUCCAUGACUGUCACCACGGCCUCUCAGGUGCAUCACUAAUUCUCUUGGAGGAACGAGGCAAUCAGCUACGUGUUGCCACACGGACAAAUAUUACAUUACUCUGCCAGCCUUUACAGCACGGACACUGGACAAUGACAUAAUAUUUGUAGAAAAUUAUUAAUAAAUGUUAAUUAAAAAAAAAGUGAUAUUGGAUAAUUUGUAACGGCACACCUGACGAUCUCUUACGGCACACUAGUGUGCCGCGGCACAGUGGUUGAAAAUCACUGGUCUACUGAGCCCUCUCCUAUACUCUCUGUACACAUGACUGCAUACCAGCAACUUCGUCAUCACGUUUCUCAACAGGAGAUGAGUCUGCCUACAGGCAUGAGAUUGUAAAACUGGGAAACUGGGGUACAGCAAACAACCUUACACUGAACACCACAUUGAGGAAGGAAAUCAUCCUAGACUUACAGAACUGCCGCGUGGACCCAGUCCCACUGCUCAUCAAUCGGAGUGUGUGAAAAGGGUCCACUCAUUGAUAUUUCUGGGAGUCUACAUCACAGACAAACUCACCUGGACUGUGUAAAUACCACAGCGAUAGUGAAAAAGGCCCAGCAACGACUCAACUUCCCGAGACUGCUCAGGAAGAUCAAUUUGAAAGCUAAGCUGCUGCUGGCUUUCUACAGGACCACUGUGGAGAGCAUCCUCACAUACUGCAUCAUUAAAACCACUAAACGCAAUAGUACAGAAAUAAAAAAUUAUGCAACUUCACUUCUUGUUUGUUUUUGUUGGUUUUAAUACUCUUACCGAGGCCUGGACAGGGGAGCAAUCCUAUUUAAUCUAAGUUCUUUGAGCAAUACUGUGCCUUGAUGUAAGUAUUUUAUCUAUUUUUACCCAAGAUGUUGUUCUAUUUUUCUUCUAUUUUAUUUAUGCAUGCACCUUGUGGAGAAGCACUCGUUAUUUUGUUGUAUGCACAGUCAUAUAAUGAGAUUAAAGGCUUUUGACUUUGAUUGAUUGAAGAUAAAAUGUUUUAAUUUUUCAUGAAAACUGCAGAAAUAUUCUAAAUAUGUCUUGAUUGUUGUAUCAGUGUGUCAAUUGUAUCAGCUUUUACAACUGUAAGAUUUUGAGAAUUGUAGCUUAAUUUUGAUUUAUAGUCGCAUCAUCUGUGAUUUUGGACAGAAAGCAACUGGCCUGACAUUACCAAAGUUCAAUAAUUAUUCUUUAUGUGAGAAACAAUAUUGGGAAUGUUUUAAUUUAUGUUUAUGAACCUACAAUAAUUCACAUUGUACAUUUGACAACUAUGGGUGUGAUCCUCCCCAGUUAUCCAUCCUUCUUUUGGAUACGCCCUUGAUGCUGACUGUCUUUUUUUUAACUUUCUUGCUCUUUGGGCCUGCACUGUUUUCCGAUCCUGCUGGUAGCAUACCAGCCGGGUGAUCAUGGGCCACAUCCCUCCCUUUUUACUUUGUUCAGGUUCAGUAACUCCUAGAGCUUGGGAUGACAACAGAUUUGGCUUUCCAACUGAUUAGUGCACAACCACUAGGCGAUCAGAGCAGGCAGGACUACAACUUGUCAUGAUCCUGCCGCUCCAGCCUGGGCUGUGCGGGUGCCAGUGCGGGUGCGCUGAUUGUGAACCUUGUAAGCCUGACUCCUUUGAUACUUCUGCCUGCUUUGAUCGUUCUCCUGUGUACCGACUCCUGCCUGCCCGCUCACCUGCUCUCUUCGCCCGACGUCCCAACUACCGCUGCUGUACCUGACUGACUGCUCGAUCCCCGACCACGAUAUAAUGAACGUUUCUCCCUGAACUACCUUGCAUCGUCCGAGUCCUGCAUUUGGGUCCUACUCCCGUUCCGAUGGGUCGUGACAGAACGAACUGGCCAACACAGGACCCAGCAGGAAAGACCCGGCGUCGCCGGGACCGACGCAAGGUAGACCGUCUGUCGAAGGACCAAGCCUGUCCGAUCCGGGUAGGCUCCUUGACGUCCUCUGCUUCCGUGUCUUACGCUCCGCAAGCGAAAUAUGAAUACGUCCCAACCACGACCCGUUCGGUUCCUCAUAUUCUUCUGGACUCUGACUUUUCGGAAUAUGAGGAGGACCAUGAUCUGUGUGACCGGCUGCCGGAGUACGACUCCGAUUAUUCUGAUUAUGAAUCUGCUCGUCCAAUCUUUCAUCCCAGUCAGUUUGUUUCACCUCCCCGCGUUUCCAGCACCCGAGCGUCUUCUCCCGGUGGGUACAAGUACACCAAUCCGUUUGAGGGAACCCGCUUGGCCAUCUACCCGGGACCUCCGCGUGACGGCCAGAGGAGACGUCCAGGUCGGGCGCUCCGUUGUACCUCCCGCGGCGCAGCAACAAAGACUCCGUCCUCGUCUUCCCACUCCUCGCCGGCAACGGUGAAACUGGCAGACCCGAAGCUGGUGGCGCAGCUUCCAGCCCACAGGGAGGAGGAGCCGCCAAAUCGCGAUGCGUUCUACCACGAAAUGUGGGUGGAGAUAGAGCGGCAGAGCGGCGAAUUGGCAGCUCUCACGGCGCAGGUCCGGCAAGGAUUGGCGAACCAGCCGAGCUACGCUGACGUCACAACUGCGACUGACUCGCUGCUGACGCAGGUUCACGUGGCAGUUGGAACUGACCCGCUCCCGAGACACGCCCACGUGUCAGUUUCGACUGACUUUCUGCCUAUUCUCGUUCACGUCGCCGUGGAAACAGUCCCGCCCCCUCGCCAAGCGCACGCUGCAGUGGGAACGGACUCGCCACCUUGCCAAGUGCACGUCGCAGUGGGAACGGACUCGCCACCUCGCCAAGCGCACGUAGCUGUGGAAACUGACCCGCCUCCUCGCCAGUCCCACGUCGAGGUUUUGGCUGUUCCGAGCAGAGCUUACAUGGCAGUUGGAACUGACCCGCUCCCGAGACACGCCCACAUGUCAGUUUCGACUGACUCUCUGCCGACUCUCGUUCACGUCGCCCUGGAAACGGAUUUGCCACCGCGCCACGCCCACGUUGCUGUUUCAACGAUUGCACUGCAAGCUCACGUGGCAGUGGGGACCGACCCGAUGCCACGUCACGUUGCUGUCCAGGAGGUGGCGACGUCUCCGCAGCCGCUUCUCGUCCGUGCCCUGGAGUACCAGUGGCGACCAGUCCGAGGUCGCUCCCCGUUCUUGCUCUGUCGGCGACUGGUCCGCGGUCGUCCCCUGUUCCUGCACUGACGGCAACGGGCACGUCCAUAUGUUCCUGUCCAGGAGGUGAUGAUGGUGCCGCCGCCUUCUCACGUUGCUGUCCAGGAGGAGGUGAUGGUGAUGGUGCCGCCGCCUUCUCACGUUCCUGUCCAGGAGGAGGUGGCGGCGAUGGUGUCGUCGCCUUCUCACGUUUCUGUCCAGGAGGUGGCAAUGGCGAUGGUGUCGCCGCCUUCUCACGUUGCUGUCCAGGAGGUAGCGAUGGCGAUGGUGUCGCCGCCUUCUCACGUUACUGUCCAGGAGGUGGCGAUGGCGAUGGUGUCGCCGCCUUCUCACGUUGCUGUCCAGGAGGUGGCGAUGGUGUCGCCGCCUUCUCACGUUGCUGUCCAGGAGGUGGUGAUGGCGAUGGUGUCGCCGCCUUCUCACGUUGCUGUCCAGGAGGUGGUGAUGGCGAUGGUGUCGCCGCCUUGUCACGUUCCUGUCCAGGAGGAGCUGGGGAGUUCUGUGGAGCCACCCCGGAGCUGGAGAGACUUCGGGAUGGCUGUGAUGGUGGCGGUCAUGGGUCUGGUCCUUCUCUCCAUCAUCCUCUUCGCUCCUGAGGGCUCCCAGCCGGUUCAGGACCUGGCCUCGUUGGUGACCAAUCCACGGCUGCCUCCUGACCAAGCCUCGGUGGCGACCAGUCCCUGGUCAUCUCGCAACCACGGCGUGGGAGGUUCUCGUCCAGAGCAGUUGCCUGCCUCGGCCUGGUUCCUGCUUCGUCGUUAGGUUCCUCACUGAGAUCGUCCUCCCGAAUCGCCUUGUGGGGACCCUGGUGCUUGGCGUCCGGGUCGUCCUCCUGACCUGUCCACCCGGACGCCUUGCGUUUGGUGGCCUGGAUGGCCACCAGACUGGGGUUCGGGGGGGGCGUGCCCUUCUCCGGACCCCCCUUCCGCCCACCCCUGCCUGUGUUAAUUAUUGUCUGUUUCUUUCGUUUAGCCACGUCUGGGAGCCGUGCCUUUGAGGGGGGGUACUGUCAUGAUCCUGCCGCUCCAGCCUGGGCUGUGCGGGUGCCAGUGCGGUUGCGCUGAUUGUGAGGCGCACACCUGCGCCUCAUGCGGGCUGAUUAUCCGGCAUAUUUAUAUGACCCCGAUAACGACUGGUCCGGGCCAGUUCGUUGAGCUUCAUGUCCCGUCCGAGUGCUCCGGUAUCCCUGAUCGACAACCCGUGUGUACCGACCUUCGACUGUUCUCCGACCAAUCUUGUGAGCCUGACUCCUUUGAUAUUUCUGCCUGCUUUGAUCGUUCUCCUGUGUACCGACUCCUGCCUGCCCGCUCACCUGCUCUCUUCGCCCGACGUCCCAACUACCGCUGCUGCACCUGACUGCCUGCCCGAUCCCUGACCACGAUAUAAUAAACGUUUCUCCCUGAACUACCUUGCAUCGUCUGAGUCCUGCAUUUGGAUCCUACUCAUGUUCCGAUGGGUCGUGACACAACUUCCCAUUUGCCUAUUUUGAUUUUGUUAUAUUUUUUUGCCUUUGCCUUUAUUCUGCCUUGUUCAACCAAAGCUGCAUUCAAGCUUCUGAACUGGAGGUGGCAGAAAUGAAGAUGUUGAGGUUCUCGCUUGGAGUGAGCAGGUUGGAUAGGAUUAGAAAUGAGAUCAUUAGAGGGACAGCCAAAGUUGGAUGUUUUGGAGACAAGAUUCGAGAGAGCGGACUUCGAUGGUUUGGAUAUGUCCAGAGGCGAGAGAGCGAGUAUAUUGGUCGAAGGAUGCGGAGGAUGUAGCUCACAGGCAAAAGAGCGAGAGGAAGACCAAAGAGAAGGUUUAUGGAUGUGGUGAGGGAAGACAUGAGGGCAGUUGGGGUUAAAGAGGAAGAUGCAGGAGAUAGGCUAAGAUGGCAAAAGAUGACACGCUGUGGCGACCCCUAACGGGACAAGCCGAAAGGAAAAGAAGAAGAAGACACUCGAGGAAGAAGUCCUCAAUAUUUUUGUGAAGUUUAACUUCUUCAGUGAAGAAAUAGUCAUCCUUAAAUAUAAAAACAAGAGAUUUUUUUUUACAUUGUGAAGGUACACAAAAUCUGUGAACAGUGAUGAACAGUAAUUUAGUAAUUAGACAUUCAUUAACCAGGACAAAAAGGAAGUAAAGACACAAGUUUGACAGCUCACGAGGAGAGGAACUUUGUAUGGGGGGUGAAGGCGAUAUGUUACGUUUUUUUUUUCCUUCUCACAAACAUGGGUUACUCCUAAUAAAAACAAAUGUUAUAACAAGCCUUUU